CCCGGCCAGCCUGUAGCGGAUGAUGCGGGGCAGCACCGGGGCUCCAGGCAGCCCAUCAGCUCUGCGGACCCCGGCUCUGACACACAGCUUCGCCUCCUCAGCUCUCCAAAGCAUGCCAUCUGAGCGAUAGGCUGCUUCUGUACGGGAGAAGUCUUGUUUCUACCGCCGACAUGAAUGAGAUCAAGGUUGCUGUGCUGGGCAGUGAAGGGGUCGGGAAAUCAGCUCUCAUCGUCCGGUUCCUCACCAGACGAUUUAUUGGGGAGUACGCCUCAUCUUCAGAGUGCAUAUACAGAAAGCGUCUAUCAGUGGAUGGGAAACCGAUCAAUCUCCAGCUCUAUGACCCCUGCUCUCAGGCAUAUGAGGGAAGGUCUACUGUAAACGAGCAGAUCCAAUGGGCUCAUGGUUUCAUCGUGGUCUACGAUAUCAGCGACCGCUCCUCCUUCCUCACCGCCAAAGCCAUAGUACACCUCAUCAGAGAGCUAGGCCUGGGAACUGGCAAAAGGAACGUGGACUCGCUCAUAUUUCUGGUGGGCAACAAGCAGGACCUGUGCCACAUGAGAGAGGUGCGGCGUGAGGAAGCUCAGUGUCUCGCUGCCGAGUGUCGCUGCCAGUUCUACGAGCUGUCAGCCGCUGAGCACCACCAGGAAGUGGCGCUCAUAUUCUUCAAGAUGGUGCAAAAUGCUAAUGUGGGCAGCAAGGCUAAGGAGCGCAGGAGACGCCCCAGCGGCUCCAUGGCCAAACUCAUCAACAACGUCUUCGGAAAGAGGAGGAAAUCAGUGUGACGGGGCAAAUACAUGGACAGCUGUCAGUCAAGGCUGGAUCAGUGGCUUGGCUUUGUGUUUCCAAUUGUGUUGGGUGAGAUGUUAAUCAAACUGAUGUCUAUAAGUGUUAUUGUGAGUAGAAGACAUCAUGCUCAGUGAGUCUGCUUGCUGUUAAACUCAACUGAUUCAUGAUUUUGCGAUUUCCUUUCCUGUAGUAUGUUAUAUAGGUUUCUGUGCAUGUCAAUUCUCCAAUACAUUGUAUGUGAAAGCCGGCAAGCUAACCAAUCAAAGCAGACUGGAUCUAACCUUAGGAAAUGUUUGAAGUUGUUGACUUUUAAUCAAAGACAAACAAAUUACUUCAAAACUGUGCUGUACUACUUCACAGCCAGCACUCCAAAAUAUGAUGUUCCAAUACAACAGUGGUCAUUUGUCCAUUAGAGCCUUUUCUGCUUUUUUGACAGACCUUUAGAACAACCUGCGAUUUGUGACCAAAAGCAGCCGUAAACUCACGUAAUCUGGGUUUACUUAAUCUGGUUAACUUUGCUGAGAAAAACAUCCAGGUCAGAUAAAUGUAUGUUCCAGAUUUGAGGUUGCGCUGGGUUUCAUUCACCAGAUAACUUGGUGAACCUGAUAGCUGGAACAGGCCCCGGGUCAUGAAGGACCCUCAAUGAAAAUGUGUUAAAGUGCCUGAGAGAGAGAAGGCAAACCACUAUUACAGAGAGGCAGGUACCAGUCAAUACAAGAACUACAGAAAACUGAUGUCUAUAUGGCACUCCAUUCAUGCAAGCACUUCUAUUGUGUUUCUGGAAAAGACAAUUGAAUGCUAUUUUCUUUCCUAAGCAGGACAAUUCUACACAGCCAAUGGUUGAGGCUCAUUUCAACCAAAUAAUAAAAGCAAACAAACAUAUGUUUUCAUUUAUCUCCAGUGUUAUUUUUGGGUUUUAUAUGUCCAGAUUUUCAUGUAUUAUAUGCCUUUAGGGAUUACUAAACACCUUUUUUGGAACACAAUGGAGGUCAAUGUAGCUCACUGUGAAUUUUUUUUGGUAAGAAUUAGCACAUUUUGCAGGUUUACUAAACUGCAGGACCGUCAGUAUCAUUAUUUCCCACUGGAGACUAAAACAGAAUUACUCCUUUUUAAAGAGUCCUGAAAUCCACAUUGGUAUCCUUCUCCAAAUACUUUAAGGGUGAAUAAAUAAACUAAAAGAAAAUCAUUUGCAGAAGUUAAUUAUAAGAUGUACUUUAUCGGUAAUCCAGUGACUUAAAAUACAUUUACAUUUCUGCACAUAAUGUCCACUAAUCGUUUGCAUUCAUUCUCAUGGGUCUGUGCUUCAAGAUUAAACGUUUGUCGAAUUGAUAAAAUCGUCAGAGAAAAAAACAUUGACUAUGAGCCACAAAUGAAUGAAUGUCUAAAUCCUCUGUUGAACUUAAGAAGUAUUAAAUGUUAUUUAUCCAUUUACAAUAACUAGGUUUUAGAAGCUGCA